AUGAUAUCAGAUUAAUUACGAUAAGUUCUUUCCAAUAACACUCCAAACAUUAUAGGUCCAUAACUCUCUCGAAAAACUGUUCUUUUGAAAAGAAAGAAUAAGAAAAUAUGCAACAAUACUCUUAAUCAACUUCCUCAAAAGGGAAAUUAGGAUGUCUCAUCAAAAGGUGAGAAUUCAUAAAAAACAGAUAAAACAGAUAAAACAGAUACAAAUACUUAAAAGUCGCAUAGUAAUAUGGCUUCUCAAACCUUGAAUUAAAUCCCUUGUAUUUCUUAGGAUGUAUUUGAUGGUAUUGAAAUCCCUGCUACUGAUCCAAUAUGGUUAGAAAUCAUUCCAUAAGAAUUAUUGUUAGAAACUUCAGUAGAGAAAUUAUUAGAAGACAAUAAAGAUUACUUUUAUAAUUUAUUAGGAUUGUAUUUAUAAGAAAGAGCUAUUGGAGAUUUGAAUAUGUCACGGUUUGUUUUGCCUUAAAAGUUUUAAACCUAAUAUUCUAAAGAUUUUACUUUAAAAUCUAUUGAUAGAAAAAUUGGAAUUGACUCCAGGAUAUAUGAAGAUUAUAAAUAAAACAGUUCACAAAAUUAAAAUACUACUACUUAUAAACAGUAUUUUUAGAAACCAAUUCCAAAUGAGAUAAUCCAAUCUUUCAAGCCUAUCUCAGAGCGAAGAAUUUUAGCAAUGGCUGCUUUAACUACAUAUAAAGUGUUCUUUAAUUUUGUAAUCUUUAGGCUAAUCACAUUAAUUUUAAAUAACCAGAAAAACCUGAAAUUAUGAAAGCACCAACCAAUUCUACAACCGGAAGAUUGCAGUUAAAUGGAAAUUCCAAUUAUAAUUAAGAUUAUAAAUGGCAUCAGAAUUAGAAUUAUGAACGAUUACCAAAUUUUAAAAAUAGUUAUUCUAAAUUGUAACUAUAUUAACCUACCUAUAGAAAUCCUAUAUCUAAUUCUGAUAUCUUCUUUACUAAAGAGAGGGCUUCUAUUGAUUUUUAUCCUUUGAGUCCAUUAUAAAAAGCUACCCAAAUUAUUACAACUCCUUCAUUUUAGGGUUAAUUUACAACUACAUUUAAGCAGUACUUCAUAUUUUCUAUCUUUUAGUGAUUAUUAAUAAGUUGAUCAGGAAUUAUUAACUCCAAAGACUAGAAAUUGGAAAUUAAAUGUGAUUAAUAAAAUUAAUUCAGUGCGAGAAAGAUAAAUAUAAUAGUGA